CAUGGGGUGAUGGGGACAUGGGGGCUGGCAGGCGGUGGCUCAGGGGUGGCAGAGGUUCUGAGUGUGGUGGUAGGGGGUGGCAAAGGGGACAGCAGAGGGGCAGGAGGCACUACAAGGGGAGGGGCAGGGGGUGACAGAGGGAACAAGAAGCUGACAGAGGGACGAAGGGGAUAAAGGAGACUACUCGGCGAGAUGGGACCCCAGGUGGCCACAAAUGCUGCAAGAUCCCUGACACCUCCCCUGUCCCCUCCCCAGCUGUCCCCAGCCCUGCUGCAGCCCCAGGUCACCAUGGUGGCCACCCUGGGUGAGCUGCUGGCCACCCUGCCCAGUGAGGAUGAAAUGAAUCUGCUGCUCACAUCCCCAAGGGACUUUUACUGGCAGCUGAAGUUCUUCACCUGGGAGCUCCGGGAUAUCCGGGACCGCAUUGACAACCCCUGGAGGCGCCGCAGUGUCACCUACCAUGAUGAUGACCGUCUCGCCUCCCUGAGCCAGGCCCUGGACACCUACAAGAGCACCCCAGGGACCUCCCAGAAGCGUGUGACAAUGGCGGUCACCGAGUGGCAAGAGUCGGUGGCUGUGCUUGCGAACAGCUUUGCCCAGCUGGCCAGGGCAGCCACCAAGCUCCGCAAAGCCUGCACAGAGGUGGUCAAUGAGGCGGCCGACAGGGCGGGCACCAUCACUGCCCGGGCCAGGGAGCUGCAGGCCGAGGCUGCCCCUUAUGGGACACUUCUGGAAAACAUGAUGGAGCUGGAUCUGGCCCUGGGCUGGGAGGAGGGGGCCGGGGGGGUGGCCAGGCCUGAAGCCCAGGUGAGGAGAGAUGCCUGGGUGGCUGACAGCGAGGCAACAACAGCCACCAUGGUGAAACGGCGGGUGGAGAAGGCCCUGGGGCCGCUGGAGCGCUUGGUGGCCGCGUGUGACAAAGCCACUGCCUUCCCCCGGGAGCUGCAGCGCCUGCUCUGGGACAUCAAGGCCACCCUGAAGGGGACAAAUGAGGUGUCCCCCAAUGUCCUCAAGGACUUGGUAACCAAGGUGACCACGGCUGAGUGGCUGUGGGAGGCCAACGCCCACCUGGUCAAGGAUAACCUGCGGGGGACAGUUCAAAUCAUCAUUGAGGUGUAUUUCGAUGGUGAUCCCAUCAGCUUCACUGCCCGUGAGGUGACCGAGCGGUGCCAAAGAGCCAUCAAGGCCAUCUCAAGGCUCGUUCAACCCCUGGAGAUUCCCCAUGGCGUCCCCAAGGUGUCCCAACCGUCCCUUUCCCCACUGCUGAAGGCUCUGGUGUCCAUGGUGGCCACCCUGGGCGAGGUGGCGGCCACCGUGACCGGGCCACACCGGGGCGUGCGGCGCUGUGUGCCCCUAAAGUCCCUGCACAUGGCCCUGAGGAACUUCACCUGGAGCCUCUGUAAGACCCUGGACCACCCCAGUGUCACCUCCCUGGGCGACCGUGGUGUCCCCUCCCUGGGCCAGGCCCUGGCCACCCUCAGGGCCACCCCUGGGACCUCCUCGGCCGAUGCGAGAGCCGCAGCCAGCGCCUGGCUGGAGUUGGUGGCUGCACUGGAGCAGAAAUGGAAACGGCUGAAAGCAGCGGCCAUCAGGCUCCGUGAUGCCUGCGAGGACGCAGCCCCUGCUUGGGCAGGGGACCCGCAGGAUGAGGCCACCCACAGGGGAACAGCUGGGGACAACCUGGCAGCCAGGGCCCAGCAGCUGCCGGUGGCCCUGGACAGGGAGGAGGAGGCCUCAGCAGGGGCAAUGUACCAUGCCCAGGUGGCGGUGGCUGCCAAUGAAGCUGUGGGAGAAGCUGUGGUGGCCACCAGGAGGGGACAGCAGGCAGAGGUGGCCCUGGGACUGCUGAAGCGCUUGGUGGCCACGUGUGACGAAGCCGCCAUGUUCAGCUGGAACAUGCAGUGUCGGCUGAGGGACAUCGAGACCAUGCUGCAGGGGACAAAUGACACAUCCCCUGAUGUCCCCGAGGCCUUGGUGGCCAAAGUGGCCAAGGCUGAGCAGCUGUGGGAUGCCAGCACCCGCCUGUUCAAUCAUCACCUGCUGGGGGCACUUAGGGAGAUCCACAGCCUCCUCUUGCGUCCCUAUAGUGGCCGCGGUGGCCCCAGUGGCCCCAGCAGCCGUGCAGUGGCCAAGCAGUGCCGAAAAGCCAUCAAGGACAUUCCAAGGCUGUUUCAGGACAGUGACGUCACUGCUGCGAUGUCAUCGUGGCAGUGACAUUGGUAGCGUUCAGGAACACAUAAUCACGAGAAAUUAUUAUAUGCAGGUACUUUUAUUGAAGAGCUCUGGGUGUCAGGGGUACAAACCCAAAUCUGACUCCGACAUAGGUUCAGGAUGGAUAUGCUUUUAUAUUCUAUCGUUAUAUAACUUUCAUGUUAAUUAUUAAACUUACAUUGUUCUAUAGUAUACAUAGAUUUCAGCCAAGCAUAGCCACCUUAGACUAGGAACAUACAGUUUCUCAUUGUUCUUCCUAUGAUUAUACAAUAAUUAUUUUAAUUACUAAACAAUCAUCACAUCUAGCAAUUUUACUGCUUACACAGGUAAAACACAAGGCUUAACAUUUCAGAGUUUUAUCUUAGCAUUUUCCAGGGCCCAGCUAUCAACAUCAUCGGGGACAUCGCUGCUGUCACCUGUCCCCUCCCUGUGCAGUAUUUGAGACAAGUCUGGGGAAUUUUCUGGGAAUUUUUAAUGAUAUUGUCUGAAAUCCUGAUGGGAAUCCCUGGGGUGAUGUCACUGGGGACACUCAGGAGCACUCUGGGGACAUUCAGGGACACUCAGGGACAGGGGUGAAUGAGUUCCCUCAAGAGCUUCCAGCUUUCCACUGUGCCUGCAGCAGAGCCAGGUCAUAAAUUGCAAUUUUACAAUUGGCUUCUGCACUUUUGUAUUGCCUUCUGCACUUUUAUAUUGCCUUUUGUACUUUUGUAUUGCCUUUUGCACUUUUGUAUUACCUCUUGCACAUUGUUAUUGAUCACCAGCAAUCUGAUAUGGUGUUUGAUACUGAUAUUGAUUAUCUGUGAUUCCUUGAGGCUGCUGCUUGUUGCAGUAUAAUCUAUCCAUUCAUAGGUGCACCAUACAGCCUAUUAAUAAAUAAAUUAAAAAUUAUUUUAUUAAUAUCCUCUAUAUAAAUCAGACCGGGCUGAUCUGAACUCUUUGUCAGACACAUCCCUUGACCCCACUGAGGGACAAGUGGUCAAUAAAUCCACCCCAACGUUCCUUGAGGGGAGCACAGCCAGGGAGCUGCUUCAAGGCUCUGUCACUGAGAGAUUUCCCCUUGGAAACCCUGGGUGGGAUGGAAAUACACCCGAGCAGAUGGCAAAAUUAAACUGAUAUCAAAACCUUGUGGAAUGGGGGUUAAAACAUGAGGUCUCUAAAGCUGGAAAUUGGUCAAAAAGUCACCAAGUGAGACAGAAUGAUGAUGAAUCACCCACUGAUUUUUUAAACAGGUGAAGAGAAACUGCCAUCAAAUAUACUGAUGUAGAUCCUGAAUCAGCUGAAGGUAAAGCACAUCUGGUUUUGGUUUGUGUGGGUCAGGCUUCAAAUGGUACAAGAAGAAAAGAUAAAGGGAGUUCAAGACAUAGAUAAACUGCGGGAGGGUGCCUGGAAGGUGUUUUCAGACAGGGACCCAACUGAAGGAGUUCAUCCCAGCCCAGCAAGAAGGCAACUCAGGAAAAGUCACCCAAGAAAGCUUCCCCUGUGGAGAAGGAGCAGAGUGCAUCCUGUAAGAAAUGGGGGCACUGGAACAAGGACUGUCCAGUGCUGAAAGAAAAAUCAUCAGUCCCUGUCGUAGCAGCGGUCCCCAGUGGGGAAUAGUGAGCAUUGACUCCAUGAUUGCAGCAGGCUGAUCAAUCCCUUUGUUAUACCAGACUUUACUACUGAGAAAAACCCAUGGCCCUUGCCAGACAGUCACAACACACACGUGGAUCCAAUUGGGCCAUCAAGGCAAACAACCAUGGCCAGUGGCCAGUUGUUCUGGUUUGAAAGCAAAACCAGUGAGAGACUCCAAGGCAGAAAUACAAUUAGGAAAAAGGAGGAAAAAAACCCAAACAUGCAAUAAUACAAAAUGAAACCACUGACAGAGUUAGAACACAGCCUGACACCCUGCUAGUGAGCAUGGUGGCAGCAGUCCAGAUGAAAAGGUCUUGUUGAAGUGGUGAUCCCGUAGAAAGGAUCUGGUAGCUCUUGUCCUCUGGAAACCAGUGGGUAAGGGCUGCCUGUUCUGUCCCACAGCCCAGAUGAUAUCCAGGUGGGGAUGCUGAGCUCCUCCCCCUGGGCGGAGCAUCUCCCAGUGGGCUGAUAUCGUUCUGAGUCAUGAUUGUUCCUUGAUUGCCAAUUAAACAGAAAUGGCUCCUGGAGGGAGUUAUCUCUGAGUCAUGGGGCAAGACACUGACUGCCCAUUAAAUGGAGUUAAGGGAAAAACAGUGCCCUGUCGCCCUGGUGUUUCGAGUUUUUCUGAGCCUUCUGAUGUUUAUAUUCUUGUAACGAACUUUCUCACACACUCUCUGUAAAUAACUUAUUGUUUUGCAUUAUUUUUUGGAGGAAGAGAAAUUUGAUGGACUGUUGGUUUGUCCAGUGUCGUCAGAGAGGUGGCACUGUCACCCCCCAGUCCACUGUCACAUUUGGAAAUCUAUAAAUGUCAGAAAUUCAAAGUGCUCUUUUUUACCUUG